GAGAUUUCCAUUAGUAGCACACUGCUUGGAGGAAGAAAUACCUCUCAAUUCUCCAUUAAGGGCCAGUCGUUGAUUUCCACUCACCCCAAGAAAACAUUUGGAGUAUUAUGUAAGAGUGUUAACCAGUGAUCAAAUUGGGGUGUGUUCGAAGUAAGAUCUGGAGAGACCGACAAUAUACUGGUCAAAUGGGCACUGGAAAUAGGAGACGUUUAACCUUGACAGGAGGAGCUCCCUGGGGAUUUCGACUCCAGGGUGGAGGGAAUUCUCAACUGAAGGUAUCAAAGAUUCGCAAGAAAUCUCAGGCACAUACUUCAGGUCUCCAGGAGGGAGACUCGCUCCUAACCAUUAAUGGUGUCUCUGCUCAAGGCAAAAGUCAUGAAGAGGCCAUGGAGCUGAUAGAUUCGGGGGGCGUUACAUUAGUUCUUGAAGUCUGCAGUGGGAAUCUCAGCCAAAUGGAAGUGGUGCCUCAGCCAAGUGCAUCUUAUAUAAAUGGCUUCGUUCCACCAAGUCAACAAUCCUACUUUCCUUCCUCGUCAUCACUUCAAUCGAUUUCGAGAACCAAUGUUCAAACCUACGUACCAGUUCCAGUACCGACUGAAAGUUUACGAGCGCGGGAAACUAAUUCAUUUAUGAGACAAGAACAAACACCAAAUUUUUCUCCAAAACCAUGGAAUUCAACUUUAUACCAAAAUCAAGUCGCUAAACCGUUUGGUUCACCAUCUUAUUCACCAGCACCGCAAGUCCAGGUGUCCGCCAUGUAUAAUUCUAAUGCAGUGAAAGAAAAUAUUCCACCUCCACCAAGACGACUUUCUCUUCAACCAUAUUCAGAGAGAUCUCCGAGAUACAGUCCAAGAAGCAUCUCUCCACAUUCACCUGCUAGUGGUGUUGAUAGAAUGCCAACUUUAAAUGUCUGGCAAUUGAAGGACAUGCCAAAAUAUCAAAGACCAGCCCCACCCCCUAAAAGAGCUCAUGAAGCUCCACCGGCGGUUCCUAUGGUGAAGAUGCCACCACCAGUAGCACCAAAACCUAAACCAGCUCCACCACCACCACCGCCGCCACAACUUAGACCAGAAGAUCAUCCACAUAUUUAUGCACCACCGGUGGAAAUCUGCUUGGAUAAACCAGAACCUAAGUUGUCAGACAGUGGGUACUUUGGUUCCCCUUUUGGUUAUAGGCCUCACAAUCUUGCCUUGCAACGUACUUUUAGUUUAGAGAGUGAUAUUUCGAAUACCUCCUCUGCACUUGGACAUAAGAAACAUUAUGGAGAUUCAGCCUUCUAUAACGACCCAGAGAAGAAUUUUCCCACUAUUGAAGAACAGAUGAAACUUUGCAAGGCCAUCGCUCUAUCGCUAACAUCUGCAGCCAAUAAGAAAGCGCGAGGUGCACGAAUGUUUGCCAAAAGACAGAAGAAGUCACCGAAUUGGAUACAUGAUGAAUUGACAUGUAAGCAGUCCUCAGCAGGUGGUAAUGAUGUGGCCAACUUGUUAGAUCUAGAUAGUGAAUUGUCCUGGGCUGAUGGUGGAAGUAAACCUCUCUUCUCUUUCCGCGUACCAGCAAACUUAAAGAAUAGAAUCAACUCACCCGAGUCGACACCUAAAAUGAGUUUGAGUAAAGAUGAGUUUGAAAAACUGCGACUUCAAUCCCAGAAAAAUGAACAUCAAAAUGUGUCACCUAAUCAGUGUUUUGACUUAGUGGCAAAUUUAAAAUCUGGAAAAGGAAGAGGUGCUAAACUGUUCGAAAAGCGACAGAAAAAGGCCGAGAAAUGGGUUAUCGAUGAAAGCAAUGCUAAAAAGACUUCUCCAGUUACACCAGUUAACAGGUUGGAUUCUAUGCUCAUGUCACCGCCGAAACCUUACACGUCGCCCUGGGAGGCAGCGUCCAAGGGGCAUGAUGUUAACGCGGCUUUUGAGCAUCUAUCAGAAUUUGAGAAACAACAAAGACUUAAUCAAAUUUUAGGAUAUACUCCUCCAAAAGCACAGCAACCCGUGCCGGUGACACAACAUCAACCUAUUGUUAUUACUCCAGUUUCCCAUACAUCUUUAAAAACUGAUCAGGCAACGUCACUUUUGGAGGGACAUAAUUUUAACAGAGUAGCUAAAGGAUGGGGUGCACCAAGCAGUCAAUCUGUGUCAAUGCCACAACAGCAACAGCAACAAGUAUAUCAACAGCCACCACCUCCUGAACCAAAACAACAACAGCAAUCAGUACAACUUAGAGAUUAUAAUCCAAAACCAAAAGCCUGGAGAGGUUCACAAUAUAUGGAAGAAGACGAAUCUUCACCCGAACCAAUGUUUGAAUCCCCUUCUCCUGCCAUUUGGACCCCAUCAAAUAAUUCACCGCAUGAUAGCAAUAUGUUUUCUCCUAAUUACAGUGCUUACAGUGGUAGUGGACAACCUUCUCCCAAUUACUACGGACACAAUAAUGUUGGCAUGUAUAGCAAUGGAUAUGGUUCCCAUCCAGUAGAAUUGCCUGGCUCAGAUUUGUGA